GCGGAGCUUCCCUCCAUGAUGCUCCACGUCUGGUUCUCUGCAGGAAGUAGCUACACCUUCGAAUGGCGACUGACUACGCAUCCCAGAAAUUACAACGGAGAGAUGGAGGGAAAGAAGGGAAAGAAGGGACAAACACUGAAGCUCAGCAAGCUAACAGUGGGCCUGUACGAGUUUGAGGUGACGGUGAUGGACGGGGACGGCGCUCGUGGGCGGGGCUACGUCAACGUCACCGUCAGACCAGAGCCGCGCGUAAACAAACCCCCGGUCGCCAUGGUUUCCCCCAAGUACCAGGAGAUCUCCCUGCCGACCAGCUCCACGGUGAUCGACGGCAGCCAGAGCACCGACGAUGACAAGGUCGUGACCUGGCACUGGGAGGAGGUCAAAGGUCCCCUGAGGGAGGAGAAGGUCUCUGCCAACACGCCCAUCCUCACCCUCACCAACCUGGUUCCUGGGAACUACACGUUCAGUCUGACCGUCACGGAUUCGGACGGCGCCACGGACUCGACCCAGGCCAACCUGUCCGUCAACAAAGCCACAGACUACAAGCCUGUAGCCAACGCCGGCCCAAACCAGGCCAUCCAGCUGCCGAGGAACUCCAUCACGCUGUACGGCAACCAGAGCACAGACGACCACGACAACCUGAGCUACGAAUGGUCGCUGAGCCCGGAGAGCAAGGACAAGGUGGUGGAGAUGCAGGGCGUCCGGACGCCCAUCCUGCAGCUGUCGGCCAUGCAGGAGGGAGACUACACCUUCCAGCUGACGGUGACGGACUCGGCAGGACAGCAGGACACAUCCAAGGUCACCGUCAUCGUGCAACCGGAGAACAACCAGCCUCCGGUGGCGGACGCUGGGCCGGAGAAGGAGCUGACACUGCCGGUGGAUGAAACCACGCUGGACGGCAGAAAGAGCAGCGACGACCAGAAGAUCGCCUCCUACCACUGGACCAAGACCAGCGGUCCGGACGGCGUGAAGAUCAACAAUGCAGACAAAGCUGUUGCCACGGUAACGGGCCUGGAGGUCGGGGAGUACCAAUUCACACUGACAGUGACGGACGACAGGAAGCUGCAGAGCAGCGACACGGUGAAGGUCAUCGUCAGAGAAGAAAAGGACCGGCCUCCUGUGGCCUGGGUCCUGUCCAGCCCGCCCGUCUCCCUGCCGGUCAGAACCGCUGCCCUGGACGGGUCGCGCUCCUCGGAUGAUAAAGGUGGCCUGAGCUUCCUGUGGAGCCGAGACGACAGCAGCCCGGCGGCAGGGGACGUCCUGAACAACUCCGACCACCAGGCGGUGCUGUUCCUGGGGAACCUGGUGGAGGGGAAGUACAGCUUCACGCUUCAGGUGACCGACAGCAAAGGACAGAGCAGCUCAGACCGGGGAACCGUGGAGGUCCGACCCGACCCGUGGCAGCGGGACCUGGUGGAGCUGGUCCUGGAGGUCUCCGUAUCCCAGGUGACUCAGCGGCAGCGGGACCUGCUGCUGCGUCAAGUCGGCGUCCUGCUUGGCGUCCUGGACAGUGACAUCAUCGUCAGGGAGAUCGGCGCCUUCGGCGAGCACAGCACCCGGCUGGUGUUCCUGGUGUCGGGCGGUCCGGGGCGCCCCCCGCUGUCCGGACGCAGCGUCACACUCAGCCUGCGCAGCAAACUGCGCAGGCAGAAGAACGACUUCCUGAUCUUCAAGGCUCAGCGCAUAGACACGGUCGUGUGCCAGCUGAACUGCUCCGGACACGGAGAGUGCGACUCGUUCACCAGGAAGUGCGUCUGCCGGCCGUUCUGGAUGGAGAACUUCCUGAGAGCCCAGCUGGGAGACGCAGAGAGCAACUGUGAGUGGAGCGUUCUGUACGCAACCAUAGCGUCCUUUCUGAUUGUGGUUGCCGUGGCAACGCUGAUCUGGGCGGUGGUGUGUUGCUGCAACAGACGAAGGAGUAAAGUUCGCCGCAGUAAAACUCGAUAUAAAAUUCUGGAAGGUGAAGAGCAGGAAGUGAUGGAGCUGCAGCCGCCCAGAACCAUGCGCCUGAAGCCGGCCCCCGGCCCCGCCUCCUCGGCCCUCAUGCACUCGGACUCGGACCUAUACAGUGACGAGGGCCAGGAGCGCGGCCACCUGCUGCGGCCCCAGAACGGCUCCCUGAACAACGGCCAGGGGCCCCCAAGGGCCAAGAAGCCCCGCGAGGAGCUGCUAUAGCGCCGGGUCUAGCCAGAACCGGGUUCUGAUGAGUUCUGGGCCGCCGGGUUCUCACUGUGAGACGAUGUUUACUGAUGGACGCAUCACUUCCUGCUUCAGCGACGCGCCGGCUGGCCGCUGGGCGCGCUCACACCGCAACCAAACACUGCCACCAAACCAGAGCUACCGACCCAAAGCCGGUCCAGAUCCCUGCAUGAGGAUUGCCGGGCUGGAUUGGACCGGGCCGGAGGUUCUGCUGCAUGUCUGCGUGUUUUCUGUGUUGUUGACCCACCGGACAGUCAGAGUGGGCUUUUAUUCUGAAAUCUUGUCGCACACUGGAGAGCAGCCUGUUAAGGCGCUGACUGAGCCCCUCCGCUGAGAUGCUGCUGAUGAACUUUGACCCCGUUCUGUGUCUGGUGUUGCUUUGAUAAGGGAGAAAAUGGCCGCUGGGUUGGAAUCAAAGCUGGUCGCUGCUGACAGGAAGCUCACAUGGGAGAAAAACUGAAAGCUUCUCCGACUGUGUGCCUCAUUUUAGCUUUGGUUUUAUUUCAAUAAAAGCUUUUAUUUUCCUGUUAAAGUGGAAACAGGAUGGGAUUUUUUUCCCCUCCCCUCCAGGGGGUCUUUUGUGGCUCUAGUGUCCCUUAUAUGACAGCAGGCUGACAGGAAAGGGGGAAGGAGAGGGGGAAGACAUGCGGGAAAUGUCGCCCGGUCCGGGAAUCGAACCUGCGACGGGCGCAUCGAGGACUGAAGGCCUCCAAACGUGGGUCACGCUGUCCCCCACGCCGCCACAGCACGCCCAGGAUGGGAUUUUAAUCCGUAGUCUUCCUGCUUAGAGAGGCCGUCACCAGAACCUUGAUUUUUAUCUAGAUGAUGAGCUUUUCAUUGAAUGUUUUCUUAUUUAUUUUGCUUAAUUCUACUUUGUCCUGAAAAGCUCAUAACUUCUAAAGCUGGGGAAUUUAAAUAGUGUUGAGAAAAGAUGUGAAAACUGAAUGUUGCUUUUCUAAAAGUCAAAAGAGGAAAUUAUUCUAGAUUCAGAUGUGAAGCAGGAGAUUGAUGAGAAGGUUUCCUCUGAUCCGCUCGUCCAGAACCACCAUGACGCAGCCUGGGGGGAGAAACACAGAGCAACACCAUGUUGCUUCUUCGUCUCCAUCUGUCCUUUUGUUUUCCAGCUGGUUCAGCAUGUCUCCUGUUAACCUGUAGGACCUGCAGAGUUCACUGUGAAGCCAGAACAGGGAGGCACUGGUUGUUUUUCUAAUGUUUAAUGAGGGAUCGUCCUCCCGUCUAUCUGUGGUCAAACCGAAUGAAACUGGAUCAUCUGUAAAUCUAAAUAAAUGUUUUAAAAGUUUAGCGUAAAAAAA